AUGGCACAGGGCCAAGCCUGCAUCAGUUGCCAGAUCCUCGACAGGAAAUUCACUUCCUGUGUGCGGAUGCCUGGCAUGCAGCACUGCGCGAACUGCCAUUGGGAACGGCAGACAACCCGAUGUAUCUUUUUAAGCACAUCGAACGAAUCCCUUGCCUCAACAGAAGGCCCUCCAGACAAGAUGGAGGAAGAGAAGGGCCUCCCCGCUGCCUCAAACCCCAAGAUAAACAAACAAAUUCGAUCACUGGACAAGGCUCUGACAGCGCUCAAGGGUAAGGUCGCCAGAAAUAAGGCGGCCAUCAAAGUGGCCCGAAAGAAAAUCAAGGAAUCGGCAACCGAACCAAACCCUGAGGGUCUGCUCGCAUUAGACACAGCCUUAGCAGCCUCGGAAAAGAGGCUCGCCCACACAAAAAAGACCAUCAAAAUGGUCCGCAAGCAGAUGCAAGAACUUGUGGAGGAAGCCAAGGAGGCGGCGGCCACAGGCCACAUUGAAGAUUGA